AUGAAAGUUCAUAUAAAAGCUAUUGAGGUCAAGGGACUCAUAAAUCGCCAAAGUGACAAGCGUCUUGAGUACACUUUCCAGGUUCAUUGGUCUGAUUCAACGGUAUCAUGUGUGAGUAAAACACAUGCCCAGCUCUUUGAUUUCCAGUGCAAGCUUGUUCAGCUGUUUCCAGAUGAAGCCAGCACUGAGCAACAAGAUCGGGUUAUUCCUUAUAUUCCAGGAAAGAGGAUUUUCAGCAUGACCCCACCAGGAGAACAAGGAGAGAAGACUCAAACUGAAAUAGUGGAAUAUACCAAACAAUUGUCAGCCUUGCCUCAGCAUAUACUCCAGUGUGACCAUGUGAUACAGUUCUUUUGCUCUAAUGUGUGCGAUGGUAAUGGUAUGCAACAAGACGCCGGUCAUCAUAGCAGUAUAUCUCCCUCGGCCCCACCUGCUGAAAAACCAAAGCCAUCACUUCCAGCAGUCCAUCUUCCAGCCCUGGUGACCAACCAAGCUGAACUCAACAAGCAGCUGGAGCAGUUUGCAGCCGGUGUGAACAAGACCCAGGUGUUUCCAGCUGCCUUGGCUCAGAUGCAGCAGUCUAUCCAACCACACUCCAUGCAACAAGCGCUUCAACAUCAGCAACAGCCGUCCAUCCACCUACGACAUCCACAACCACAGCAGUUCCCAAACGUGCACAUACAACAGCAGCAGCAUCAGCAAUCACAGCAAAUCAAGGGCCACGUUUCCCCGCACCCUCACCUCCCGCCACAUCACCCGCACAUGCAGAUGCAGUCCCAUGCCCAUAUACAGUUGCAGCAACAGCAGCAAGUCCAACAACAGCACCAUCACCACCACCAGCAGUUACUUAGCCCUGGUAACCCCCAGUUGCAGCAACAACUGCCACCCCCACCUCAACAGCAACAGCAGCUACACCAGCCACCCCCACCACCUGGAACACCAACUCACAACAUAGCUGCCUCCGUCAAUCAACUUCACAUCUCACAACACCACCACCAAGUCAACCUUCCUGCAUCGGUGCAACCUCACAAUGGCAAUGGCAAUGAGGGCAGUACCAACAAUACCAACGGUGGUGGUGGUGCUGGUGGUGGCAGCAACGGUGGCAACGUGGCCAUGCAUUCAAACAACAACUCAAUGGUGACUGCGACAGUGACAACCACCAGUGCUGGCAACAAUUCUGUGUACUAUCAAACUAUGUCUAGUAUGGUCUUCAUUCCUACUCCUUCAGAGCAGUACACAAAUGCAGGAAGCACUUCAGAACCUGUAUCUGUGUCACAACAGUCCUAUAAAUCAGUGCAACCAAAUCCUCCACAAAAUUGGCCUCCGUCAUUCACCACUCCAGGGAACCCUCCCACCCAUACCGCAUCGCUCUAUGCCUCGGCACCGUCCACCACCCAUGUGUGCAUCUCACAAACACCCCUGCAAUCCCCUAUCUUCCGGUGUCCAGUACCCUUCAACUCCCCCCAGACCGCUCUAGCACCCUCCUCCAGUAGGGAGGUUGCCCCCAUCAUCCAUGAGUGGCUCAAGAAGCAGCGACUCCACAAGUAUGCCUACCUCUUUGAAGGGAUGAGCUUUGAUCAGGUGCUAAAACUUUCUGAUGAACAGAUUGAUCGUUGGAACAUUGUCAAAGGAGCAAAAGGACGUAUCAAGACCCAGUUGGAACAGCUGAGGAAAAAUGAUCUGCAUCUGUACAAUGGGUUGACCUCUCAAGCCUUGGGGAUGCACCCUAACAUGGGUAUCACCCCUGGAUUCUUUAUGACCCCUCCGCCCCCUGGAUCGGCAGGUACCCUCUUGCCCCACAUGGCUGCAGCACACAUUGUAAGCCUACAGCAGCAACAGCAGCAGCUCGGUGAGGGUACCGGGUCGGAGUGCUCUUCACCACCGUCAAGCCCCAGGGAUAGCUCAGAUGAGAAUGAUCGAGAUUCUGAAGAGAGUGAAAGCUCUGCUACAUCGUGUGCUGAGACUAUCCAAAGCCAAGCCAAGAGGAAAGAAACAUCUGCUGGUAUGCAAUCACCUCAACAAACCAGCCCUAGGGAGCUAGUCACCAAGAACCGCGGUCAGCCAUCAGCAACGUCUCUACCCUACAGUCAGGUGGUGAAGUCCGUAGGUGUGGAUGCUGGCAGGCAAGGGGACAGGUCUCCUAUCCCUCCAGGGGAACCCAGACAGGUGGCUAUCAAACCUCAGGCUGGGACUCCGGUUAGCCCAAUGCAGCAACAGCAGCAGCAACAACAAUCCGCAAACAAUGACCAGCAACCCCAGCAACUUCAGCUGCAGCCUCCACCACAGAAACCUCACAUGCAUCAGCAACCGCCUCAUCAAAUGCAACAGAGGAUGAAUGCGAUGCCAUCGCAGCCUCUGCCAGCUGGCAACACGGUGGUGAUCGGUAAGCAGCUGCCACAGGUUGUUAGUCCUGAUGGAAACCCUGGACAGCUUCAUCAGUUAGACAGUCCCGUCAUAGCUGGCGCACCCUUCACCCCACAUGUUUUCCAUAUCAAGCAGGUCAACAAGCAGAGUGUUCACACGGUGCAGUACAUACCAGGUGAUGGGGAAGGAGGAGGGUUUAGGACAUCAAAAGUUGUAGUGCAGCAGGCCGUUCCUGGUGCAAGGGGAUCAAUAGCUUCACCUUCCCCUCCUAUACCUGCAGGAACCUUACAGUCAAGGAGUGAUAUCCCCAUGUCAGUAAUGCAGCAACAUGCACAGCCGCAAGAACAGGUCAACCCUACCUCUAAGACUGUUCACAACUCUGGCACUAUUCAGCUGCUACCAAAUCUGCAUUCCCUUGCACUACCCACAACAGACGGCUACAUAGCACCCACAUCGGUUACUUAUGUAACCAAGCAAAGCCUGGCAAUCAGUUCCGACAGCACACCUUGUAACAAUAAUCUGUCCAGUUACAACAGUUGCACAUCAUGUGGUUGUAAUGGCCAUUGUGGACAAGCCAACCAUCAAACUUCCACCAGUGCACCCAGCAGCAACAGUAAUGGCAGCAGCAGUAGCAGCAGCAACCUUUCCUCCCACAUGAUCCACUUCAACCAGCCGACAACGUACAUCGCCGGUCCUGGCCAGCUCAACUUCCCCAACUACUACCACCAGGGCAACAUGAUUCCUCCGGGAACCCCAAACAGCAUGAGGAAUGCCCCUCCGCCGAGCAUGCCCCACAGCAACGGCCCGCGGUACCCCCCUCCGAUGCCUCCCUCGCCCCUCCAGGGUGGCUUGCCGGACCUGAUGUACGGAGGGAACCCUCACUUUGGUAUGAUGCCUCCAGGUGCCCAGAUGUAUCUCAGUGGACUUGGUGGUAUGGGUCAUAGAGGACAUGGGAUCCAUGGUGGAGGGGGAGCAGGUGGGUCUAAGAAAGGACAGAUGACAUGCUUCAAUUGCGGCGGUCAGGGACAUAGAGCUAGUGAAUGCAGAGAAGCCACCAUGGAGUCUAUCACUCAUAAUAGUCACUACCGGCUGAAUUACAAGUCAUCAACGUCAGACUUGGGUGAGAGCACAUCUGAUAGCUAACACAGGAUCAACCAUCCCUAACCCUAGGGGCUCUAUAUUCCUUCCAAUGGAUAGGUCAUCUUUGUGCUUUUCAUAAUCCUCGGCAUUUCUCCUAACCACUGUUUUAUCAUGGAAAAGUCUUGCUGGAAGCAAGGCUAUUUUAUUAUGAUGUUGACUACUAAAAGUGUUUGGGUUUUUUGCCAGUAAUAUUUAUUAUUCGUCUGUGCAGUAUUUCACACAGUGAGUGUGAGAGCAGCGUAACUCUGUUGACUUUCCUCCAGAAGUUCCUCAAACGUGAAGACUCUUAUUGGACAGUUUGAAAGAUGGUGUUGAGUGUGGCCAUUAUAUUUUCUUUUCUUGAAAGGUGCAAAUAAUUGUGAGAUUCAUGCAAAGUUGGUACUUGAUAUAGCAAUUUAAUUUUCGUGUCUUUUAUGAAUUGUUAAUUUCAUUUCACAAACAGGACAAAUCUUAUAAGAAUCAUGAUUAAUCAGCUUGUUUUUUAUGUUGAAUAUUAAUUUUACUUAUAGUUUUUACUUUAUGAAUCUCCAUAAACAGAAAUGGGAAUUGUUACAUGUAAUUGCACUAUUGUGGAAUUUUGAGGUACUGCAUAAGAAGUCUAGACAGCAAACCACUAUUAUUUCAAAUCAUCAGUUUUUCUUUGAGACAUUUGUUUUGAAAAAAAAUCACUGUAGAUAUAUCAGAAUAUUAUAUUCAAUUGACGAAUAAAGUUUUAUAUGUAUCACAAGUUUGUUAUAAAUACCUUAUUAUGAUAAAGACAGCUCUUUUGGAAUUCACCGUAUCUCCACAUUUAAAUGCCACACUAUGUAUAAACACUAAAGUGUGCCCUUUAUUGAUAAGAUUGAGAAAUUGUGCCAUUUUACCCCACAAUGCAUCAUUUUCAUUCAGAGGGGUGGGGGGGGGGGGUUUAGUUUGAAAAGCAUGGACCGCAUAACACAAACUUUAGCGAUCGAUUUACAUUUGAUUUGUGUGAUUGAUGGCACACGAUGAUCCAUUCAAUUAGUUUAAAAAUCGAUCCUAAGAUCUAUCACUAAUUUUGAGUUUCAGGGCCAGAAACACAAGAAGUUUGUGCCAGUGAAAAUGAUGCAUUGUGGGUAGAUAUUUUGGCUCUGUCUCCUGAUCUCAACUGUAGAUGGCGCCAAUCAACGUGUCAGUGUCGGUUCUGUAUCACUUAAAAACAUGCAUGUUGCAUGCAUCUUUUCAUGCAAUUGAAAUAUCCAUUACUGAAAGCCAUUUGUCAUAUAUAUUUGCAACUUUCACAGGAAAAUUCGUAUAUUUUGUAAUAUGCCCGGCUCGACAAUACAGUUUGUACAUUUUUUCUAAUGAGCGAAAUUUGGUGAAGCACUUGUACAUUGUAAUAACUAUAUAAAAAUGAAUCUCAAAUGUUUAUACCAAUACAUGUCCUAUGAUCUUAAAAUCGUUUUUCGUAAUGAAAAAAAAGGUUAACAGUAUUCAUAGUCUUCUUAUACAAGAAAGAGGCUGUAUUCGUGUAUCUGAGAUACAAAUUGAAGAUAAUUGAAAUGAUGCAUUUGCGACAAAAAGGAGGCUUUGUCUAAUUAUGCUGCUUUGCUGACAUGCCUAAUAUUUGAAAAGUGAUGACUUCAACACCAAAUUGAAUGUUUAUCCCUUUAAUUGUAUGUGACUAUUUAUGGGGUUGAUUCAAAUUUGCAAAGUGAAUAAUAUUUGUGAGAGUUGCACAUUACAUCAGUAUUUAUGCUUGUGGUGAUGCUUUCUAUUGAGGCCAUAUCUUAAUCAUUGAGAGCAAAUCUAUUUUUAUCCAAUGGUCUUUUACUUUCAUGAAAUGCAUUGGGGUUUAAAGAAACAUUUAAUAUGUUAUGAAGAUAUGGAGCAGAUGAAGGACAUUUUAAUACAUCUCUGCCUUUCUUUAUUUGUGCCAUAAUCAAUCUUUCAGUCUCUAUUCAUCUCUCUCCUUUAAUUUUGUAUUCUUUGUCUUGUUCCCGUACUGCAUUUCCUUCAAUCUUCCCCCUCCCCAAAAAAACUACCCCCUCUGUUUUUCCAUUUCUCUGUUAUACAAAUGCCAAUACCUACACACUUUCAUUGGGGGUAGCCAUAGUAUUCUAAACCAAAACUACUUUGCUGAUGAUUCCAAAUAUUGAACCGUGCAUGAUAAUGCAAUUGUAAAGUCAUCAAAAAGAAUUGGAAAGGCAAUCUGUUUAGAGGGUUCAAUGAUUUAUCUCCAUUUCAAACAAUGAAUGCUACAUGUGAAUCUUGGAUUAAGUUAUUUUUUACGCCAAAAUUCAGAAGAUACCUCAAAGUUCAGAGGGAUGUAAUACGAAAGUGUCAAUUACAUUCACAAGUAAUAUCAUUGAGUAAGUACUUUUGGUCCACAAACGUUCUGGCAGGAUUAUUGUAACCGCUUGGCUAUACAAAUUCUUAACAUAUUAAUGGAAUAAAAUUGUAGGUAAAGUCCAGAACUGUUAUUUUAUUCAAGCUUUCCUUUAGUCUGUUAUUUAAAAGAGAAUU